AUGGGUAUGGAUGAUGAAAAUGUUAAUGUAAAUAAUUUGCCUGAAGUACACAGUACAUCUGUCCAAUCUGAGGAGUACGAUGGAGAGAAUUUUCAUACAACUAGAAGCUUAGAGGCAAAAGAAAAAUCAACUCCAGUAUUGAAAACUACAUCAAUAUCCAGUGAAAGUAGUAACGAUGACUUUAAUUUUCCACAAAAUGAUACAAACAUACAUGAUUUGUCUACAAUUCUUGAAAUAAGUCAUGAGAAUGUAAACGACAAAGAAGAGAUGGAACAAAAAGAAGACCCAAUUUUGAAUUACCUAACUUUAAGAAGUAAUGAUAUCCCAUCUCUGGAAACUUGUCAAGAAUUUAUUCACAACGAGGUCAGCUUGCAAAACAGAACUCCGCUUCAACUGAGAACGUGGGUAAUCAAUGAAAAGAAAAGAAUCGAACAAAAAUCCAGUGGUACAUCUUACGGAUGGAAUACCCCAGCAAAACAACUUUGCAGAGACCUAUUUAAAGAUUAUUAUAACACGGGAUAUUAUCCUAAUAAGAAAGAAAUGCAGGAUGCCAUAUGUAGAUAUCCUGAGUUAAGGCAUACGACUGUCCCUAAACUCAGGAGUCACUUACAACAUGAUUACGAAUAUAUUAAAAUGCGAAAGGUUGAGUAGUUCUAUGUACAGGCUGUUACAAAUUCGCUUCGCACUACAGGGAUCUCG